GGCUCGCCGCCGGCACCCCCGCGCUGCUAGGCCGCCGCCGACGCCCUCCGCGCUGGAGGCCGCCCUGGCAGCACCAGGCCGCCGGCGAGCGGGGCAGACAUGGCCGGGCUCAGCCUGCCCGGGCUGCGAACCCCUCGCGGGGGCCGCUCGCCCCGCGGCCAGCCGCAGGACACCGCCGCGGGCGGUGGCGGCGGCGCCGCGCGGCCCUCGCCCCGCGGCCCGGCCGCAGGCGGCGGCGACCGGCGGCAGCAGCUGCAGCCCUGGCAGCCCUGCGCAGUGCUGCUGGACUACGACGACACGCUCCUCCCGACGGAGGCGUUGCUGGCCGACUGCGACGAGGUGCCGCUCCUGGACAAGCUCACGCCAGAGUUCCGCCACGCCCUGAACGAGGUGGACCUGGCGGUGCAGGCCCUGCUGCUCCACGCCGUGGCCCUCUGCACCCAGUGGGGCCACCGUGCACAUCCGUCCUGACCGAGUCCACGGAGGAUCAAGAUGACGCUGCCUCGUGCUGGCCCCGUUGCCGCCCAGCGUGG